CUGUGAGCUGAGCUGCAAAAUUCUUUUUGUAGCUCCUCCUUUUGUUCUUGGCUUCUUCUCUUGCAGACCUCGGCAGAGAGGUCCAGAUGCUUUUAGACAAGAGACUGGCAGACUAUUUUAACGAGACAUAGUGAGGACUAAUAGGCGGCAAUACUCCUACGGGUAGGCUAACAAUCCAUGUUCUCUGUUGCUCCAUUCUCAAAUCCAGUCUAUCACAUCAGUUAUUCUGUUUGGGCGAGAGGAGGAGGAGAAGGAGGAGGGUCUGAUUGGGGAACUGACAGUGUACCUGACUCGGAAAUAAACUCCCCGGUGUUAGAUAGGAUCCUGUUCACAACAGAAGCUGGUGACAUUACACCGACUGUCAACAGUAGCUCUGAUAUCGAGGAGACUAGUCUAACACCUAUUGCAAGCCACAGAGUAGUGAGGGUCCAUUCAGAUCAAGACUCUGCCAUACAUAGUAUAACUCUGCCUUACCUGCAGCCUCUACCUCCUCCUGUUUCUUCCAGUAAACAAGCAGACACAGGAGACUCUCCAUUACAAAGCAAUAGUAAUUCUCCAUCACAAAGCAAUAGUAACUCUCCAUCACAAAGCAAUAGUCACUCUCCAUCACAAAGCAAUAGUCACUUACCAUCUGAAGAGACUGACAUUCUCCUUACGUCAUCCCUUGUCCUGUUACCUGAGAGGGAAGACCACUUUCCAACUGAGUCCCUGGACUCUGGCCUAUGCUCCACUUCCAGUCUUCCUUCCACUGACUCAAGCAUUCGUAGACUAUCUGGAGGAAUGGCGGCUAAUUCCCCUAACUUGCCUAAGUGGCGAGGGCAAGCAGCUGUAGCUGAUAUUAAUUCUUUUGGUAGGCCCUCUCCACAACAGCAUUCAAGACAAGGAAAGAUAGCUAAUAGCCAAAGAGGAAGGUGUGCAAGAUGUGGAAAACUGGUAUAUUUUGCUGAGAAAAGGACAGCCAUGGGUCAGCAAUGGCACCAGAAGUGCUUCAGGUGUACGACCUGUGGUAGAUUCCUAGACCCAGGAAGACACUGUGAGCACGAAGGCCAGCCCUACUGUAAUACUUGUUAUCAGAACCAGUUUGGUCCCGAUGGACUGAGGAGUGGGACAGCUAUACAACCACGCCCUCUUUUAGACCCACCGCUCACAGCAGAGGAAAGAAGCGACAUACUCUCGAAAAUAGAAACGUACAAUCUUUACAAGGAGAAUGCAAUAGAGACCAUCAGACACAGAGAAGCAGGAGACAGGAUAUUCUAUGAAGGAAUCCUCAGACUUUACUGGGGACUCAAGAGACACAUUGUGCUCUCCAGUGGAGCUAAUUACGGUCGACAAAGAGCCAGGGAGAGCUCUUAUAACUAUAUUUCGAUUGAUGAUGAAGGAUUUGAUAAGAUGGUGACACAGGCUGACUCUGGAGACAUUAGCAAAGAUGAGUUACAGAGAUACAUGGAACUAGCUCAAUACAGCCUAGGAACUGAUGAGCUAGUGAAAGGAUUGUCAUUAGAAGCCUUUUCUAAUGGAGAGAGUGCUACAGACAGUGGAGUGGGCACAAUUACUGAGGAAAGUGAUGAUCCUAAAGAAGAGUAUGUCAUUGUAGGUGUUGACGAUUCAGAGGAUGAUAGUUUACCGGAGGAAAAGUCCUGUCAGUCCCUCACUAACAGUCCAACCAAAGGGAGAGUCGUCCUAAGACAAAAGAGUGAUGUCACCGAUAGGAUACCUCGUACAACCUCAGUAAGAAGGAGGUCAGCUUCCUUCAAGAAAGUGCAGAAGUACAAGCGACAAGAAGCCAGAGAAGAAAAGAGGAGUAAAUUCAUUCCUCCGUACGGUAAACCCACUAACCUAAGAGUCUCCAACUUGCAGAGGACACCAGAAGUCAUUGACAUGCUCCUACAAAAAUACAACGUCGAAAAUAAAUCCAGUGAAUUCUCGUUAAUGGUAGUCCAUGAUAGUGGAGCAAUGGAACAGCUUGACCCGUCCGACUCUCCAUUGGCCAUCAGAUUAAAGCUUGGACCAAGUGAAGACGUUGCCAAGAUUUAUGUGAUGGAAGCCAGUGAUUCUGCAAGCAUGCAACUCUCACAAGAGGUUGCCGAGUACAUUAGGUUCCAGUUACCAGAGCUAAAUAUCUUCCUCAAGAAAUUCGACGAGGAAGAACAAAGAGAAAAAGAAAAAUUGAGGAGAAGGUUUGAGAUUUGGAAAGAUGCUAUCAGGGAAGUGCAAUCACUUUGAUUUUGGUUGUCUUCCUCUCCUCACUAGCAGUUAACUCUCUUUUUGUCCUACCACUCUCCUCUCUCUCUCUCUCUCUCUCUCUCCCUCUCUCUCUCUCUCUCUCUCUCUCAAAUAUGUUUUAAGGAACACUUCACAUGUAUUAUACACUCCUCCUAGGGAAUGAUGUUUAAGUAUUGAUAAUAA